AUAAUAACCAUAAUAGUGAAGAAACUUGAAGGAAGAAAGCGCGUAGAAACAAGAACGGAUAAGUAAGAAGUAUGGCUAUGGCGAAUAGCAGUAUGUCACUGUUAAAGUCUUCUUUCAUGGGAGAUCGACUUCUUCGUUGCUCACGCCACCACCAUCCCCUUCCUCAACUUUUUCGUUACAAUCACAAGCCAGGAAUCAAUCACGUUUCGAUGCAGUUGCCUCGGUCACUUUCUGGCUUAACCAAUCUCUUGUUUAAUAGAAGGAAUAUAGAUGAAUUGUCUAACAGAAAGCGGACACGUCUGAGACCGGGAAUAGUUUCUCCGCGUCGAAAAGUGCCCAAAGAUAUAUCAAUGCCUCCGUAUGUAAAAUCUAGGGUUCCGGCAGGGAUUGCAAGUGGACCUGAAGUGCAUGAUGAGAAGGGGAUAGAAUGCAUGAGAGCAUCCGGCAGGCUCGCAGCACAGGUUCUUCAAUAUGCUGGCACCUUAGUCAAGCCAGGCAUAACAACAGAUGAAAUUGAUGAAGCAGUUCACCAAAUGAUAAUUGAUAAUGGUGCAUACCCGUCUCCUCUUGGCUAUGGCGGUUUUCCAAAGAGUGUCUGCACAUCUGUUAAUGAAUGCAUUUGCCAUGGAAUACCAGAUUCCCGUGCACUCGAGGAUGGUGAUAUAAUCAACAUUGAUGUUACCGUCUAUCUAAAUGGCUAUCAUGGUGACACGUCGACAACUUUCUUUUGCGGAGAUGUUGGUGAUGAGGCCAAAAAACUAGUUCAGGUCACUAAAGAAUCCCUGGAUAAAGCAAUAUCAAUAUGUGCACCAGGAGUGGAAUUCAAGAAAAUUGGCAAAACAAUUCAUGAUCAUGCAGAUAAAUAUGGAUAUGGUGUUGUGCAACAGUUUGUUGGCCAUGGAGUUGGUCGUGUUUUUCAUGCCGAUCCAGUUAUUCUUCACUUUAGAAACAAUGAAGAUGGACGUAUGAUGUUAAAUCAAACCUUCACAAUUGAACCAAUGCUGACAAUGGGCAGCAUCAAUCCUGUGAUGUGGAAAGACAAUUGGACAGUUGUAACAGAAGAUGGAAGUCUUUCAGCUCAGUUUGAACAUACCAUUUUGAUAACUUCUGACGGGGCUGAGAUUAUGACUCAAUGCUGACAGAUGCAAACAUUCAAUAUCUUUGCAUCGCUCAAACAGUGAAACUUAUUAUUGAGAUGCUAUUGAUUUAUUUACUUCCAGUUUCAGAUCAAAGUUCUUGCUGGAAAUUGCCAAGGUAAAAGAGGCAUGUGCCAAAGGAAUAACAGUGUGAUAUUGUUUCUGUAUUAUAAUAUUUAAAUUUAAAUAUAGUUUUUACUGAAUCCUCUGCUUCAAUUAAGAAUCAAUAGUACUCAUUUAUUUUUCUUUGUUA